AUGGAGUCGUCAAACGCGGUCGUUCUGCCGGACACCUCUUCAUCACUUGCCAAGCUGCCUCGCUCACAUUCUUCACCUUCCCCGCCAUCGUCUAGGAAUGCAGCAAGUGGGCGUUCGGACACGAAUUCGAGAAGGUUCUUGGGUGUGCGUUCGGUGAAAAGGCGUCAUGAGUCGUUUGGUGCCGUUUCUGCGGAGCCUCCGGACUCCAAUGUGGAACUGAGUACGACGUAUCAUGCUGGAUCGUCAAGCUCUGCGUCUGGCAGCGACACCGCCGAAGAGGAUACGGAUGAGGAGGUGCGAUUCAACCGCGGAAGGUCGAACUCACAGAAGGGUUUGCGAAAGAGCAAUAGCGCUCGAAAGAAGAAAGUUCACGCUUCGCCCAUGAACAGGACUCUUAGCCCAGUUCUUGCAGAACACAUCGAUGUAAAACCUAAUGUGUCCAGCGCUGCUCAUCGCAGACAGUCGUUUACACGCUCGCGGUCACCCCAUGUUCGAACACUAGGCCACAAUGCCGGUAACGAACAGCUGCGCACUUCACCGUCUCCUCGCGUUGAAGCUCGCGAAAAUAGGCGUCAUACUGUUCAUUCUCCUCCCGGUGGCAUCCCAAGAAAGUCUCACUUUAGCUUUGCAUGGAUGACUGUCCCCAAAAAUUAUAGGGAGUCUUCGGAUGAUGGUAUCUUGACAGGCUUCCUUCUCGGGCCUAUCAUCGCAUCAGCCAUGCUCUACUCUUCGCUACAGCAAGCCGCAUCAGCAUCUUCACCAGACUAUAGCCCGCUGCCUCGGGCAUGGAGAAUAGAAGAGCCUCGCGUAUUACUCAACGCACGCUCUCCCCCUUCUGCUCUCGACGCCCUAGUUUUAUCUCGCGAGAGUCUCGUCAACUUGGCUACGUUCUGUUCUUUUACGCUGUUGUCGCAGGUAUGCGCUUCCUGGUGGUUCGAAGCUCGAUGUUCGAAACGCAAGAAUGUCCCUGAAGGCGAGCGGGGGUCGGUUCCUCGGAGUGAAUUGCUCCGGACGUGGAACUAUAUCUUAUUCACAUAUACUUUCACUUUAAUCGCUUUGGGUAUUCGGGCAGCAUUGUCUCAUUGGGAAAUUAGUAUCUGGCAGCACAUAAGUUACUUUGACAUCAUUGUCUUUUCAUUAUUCUAUCAAUUUUGUCUCUAUAUUGCCAUUCGUUUGGCCCAUCGUGGAUUCACUCUCGGAGAGUUAGCUCUAGUGUGCUUUGGCGGGCUGGCUAUAUGUACCGAGCUUUUAAAUUUAACUAGGGCGCGGAUAUGGCCAGUUGCUACGCCGUUCAUCAAAACAUAUCGCCUUCCCACCCCUCUUCUUAUUUUUCAGAUAGCGCUUGUCGCUGGGUCCUUUCUCACCGGAUUUCUUUUGUCCCCCCUACUCGUUCUCUCAAGGCACAUCGCGCAGAAGCCGGUACACCGUCUCCGCUUUCCUCAGGAGAAGCAGCGUCACCGACGUGCAUUAGCUGCUGGAUUCUACAUCGGCACUAUCGUCAUAGUCGGGGGUCUCAUUGGGGCGUGGACGUGGUGGAGUCUAGGCCGGCGUGAUCCAUGGCUUUGGACCAUCUUCUGGCUUCUUGAGGGAAGGAAAAAAUGGAGUCGUCCGAUGUUGCUCGUGUAUUGGGGACUCUUGGGAAGCAUCAGUGUUGCGGCAUGGAAUAGGCAGUUGUCAAGGUCGAGGAGAUACCGUCCCCGGAAUACAACAAGUGGAUCGGGAGACAUUGUUGUUCCGGGACCGGCGAAUAAUAACCAGGUGUUCACCGAGACGACUUCAGUCCCAUCCUCACCGGCAGGUGCUCUGGGGCUGAAUUUCCCUAAUUUGCCGAAUUUGCCGAACCUGUCGAAUUUACCCAACAGUGCGCAGGUGUCGAACGUCGCAACAGACCUUCUCGAUGCUGCAGAUAAGCAUGUGCCAACCCUUGGCCUCAACGCCAGACGCAAGUUCUUCCACGCGUUGGCUGUCGUGAUGUUUCUUCCUGGCGUGGCGUUUGAUCCUGCUUUUACGCACCUGUCAUUCAGUGCUGCUUUUGCCUUGUUUACUUUUGCAGAAUAUGUGCGGUAUUUUGCGAUCUAUCCUUUCGGAGCUGUCGUGCAUCUCUUCAUGAACGAGUUCCUGGACCACAAAGAUAGCGGAACGGCGAUACUAAGCCAUUUUUAUCUCUUGACAGGAUGUGCUGGCUCGUUGUGGCUGGAAGGGCCCCAUCAGAUUCUGCAGUAUACUGGCAUUCUAGCGCUGGGAGUAGGGGAUGCCCUUGCGUCUAUAGUUGGCAAGCGGAUUGGAAAGCACCGAUGGUCGCCCAGUACGUCGAAAACGCUUGAAGGCAGCGCGGCAUUCACGCUAUCGAUUGUGGCAUGUGUGUGGAUCUUGCGGAUUUGCGGCUUGACAGAGGAUUUUUCGAUCGUGAGGUACACGGCUGUAGUAGCGCUGUCUUCCGCGUUGGAGGCGCUCUCUGACCAGAACGACAAUUUAACGCUGCCGUUGUAUAUGUGGAAAACAGAUUUUACUCCGUCCAUGGAGCACACGUCGCUUGUGGACGAUCAUGCGGAUGCAGCACCAUCGCUCUCGCUGAACGGUAUAUCCCUUUCGGAUGUGACGACUCCUCCAAAUCCCUUCAGCUUGCCCAUCCCUCGUUUGACCACACCGAAGCGUGUCAAUCGACGGCCUCCUAGGCCGUCCACUGCUUCUGGUAUAGAAGAAGUUCCCUCGCUCUUGCCCUCCAUCCUUAUUAGCCAGACCCAGAUAUCUCCCUUGGAUUUAAAAGAUCCCCAGACAAGUCAAGACGGAGGUAACGAGCUCUCUGCCUCAGAUGGCAGUAACCGGCUUUCCGGUGGACAGAACUUUGCACUCAAAAUGCCCGUAAAUCGUGGGAGCAAGGACACACAGUCCGAUCUAGGAGUAUUGUCACCACCUUUUGAUAAUCUUUCCAGCGAUGAUUUGGCGACGACGAGUCAACCUGACGAUAGGAUGGAUUCAAAUGAAUCAGAUUAUGAUUGGGCCACUUUCAUGGAUGCGUAUGCUUCUGGUCGAUGGCAUCCUCAUCGCACACCAACACCUCCACGAUCAUUUCUAGCGUCGCCUUCUCAUCCGACGUAUAUCAAAACGGACACUUCGGCUCCAAAUUCAUUACCUCUAAAAGCAGUUUCCUCAGCAGGAGAUUUAUUAUUGGAAAGAGAAGCGCUCAACGUACAACCGCAGCCAUCUAUGUCCUCCACUCCGAUGAUCAACAGUUCACCAUUAAGCACUCUCUCUGCUUCCCCAACUGAAGAAAAACAAGAAACUAAUUUCCCUGACGUCCGGAGCGCUGUGCCAAGUGCUGAAAUGUCUACAGCUUUCGUAAUGGACAGGUAUUCACCAAGGACGCCUUCUAAACUGUCUACCAUGACUCGUCGCUUUCGAAAAUCCUUUACCGACAUGCCUUCCGCGUCAAACGCUCAACAGCUUAAUCUGUCAUUCGAUUCUGGAAGUUCGAUGAUGGCCAUGAAUCCGGACGUCACUACCGCUGCAGCAACCAUGCGAUGGGCAGCUGCACGUGUCAAUCUCGCGCCGCUUGCUCUUCCUUCUCCAGAACACGAACUCACUGACCCCAUGCGUGGAGUGCAUACUGCAAUACCUGGUUCACACCCUCUCCCCCAUAGCCCAAGUCUCGAUCCUAUGACACCUGGUGGCACUCGCAAGACUCGCCUUGGCAGCUUUUGGGAGGGCACUCAGGAUAUCGAAGACGGUGGCGAUCGGCUCUAUACGAUAGCAGGGAGUCCUUCAACGACGCCACCCAAAGUUCGAUCGACAGAGCCUCCCACUCCCGGUCCCAUAGAACCCGCAUCUGCUUCCUAUCAGUUACCCCCUGCUACAGCCCCUUUGCUGCAUCAGCCGUCAGAAGGCUCUUAUGAACAGGAUUAUUUUGGUGACACCAAUGCAAGCAGUGCACGGAGCGAACAUUCCCAAACAGAAUCGACACAGACACAAUCGACAAUACUUCGACAAAACUUUGCUGAUUAUCGACGAGAUUCGGAGCCACUGAGUCUUGACAUUUCGACUGUACCAGCACUGCCGCGGAGGAUCUGUUUAACCCGUCAGACAUCUUCACCCCUUCCACAAUCGGCUUUCCGCAACAGAGUCUUGCCAGGUGGCCGCACGGUGUCUGAGCCUUUUAACAGUAUAAAAGCGGGACGGGCGGCGAAAGAGGAGCAAAUGUUUCAGGAAUUGGGGUAUCUCGCUCCUCCAAAUCCUCCAGACGAACUCGAACGUCGCCGUGCAUUAUAUAAGUUUAACAUAUGGAACACUGGUCCUGAUCUCAACUUUGAUCGCAUAGCUCAUCUCGCGAAAUUAGUAUUCAACACCAAAAGUGUCUUCGUUUCGCUGAUCGAUGGCAACGAGCAAUGGUUCAAAUCGCAGUGGGGCAUGGAUUUCAGUAGCUCUGCAUUAAUCAAUCCAUAUUUCAGAGGCGACGAGCCUACAGUCGUUUUGGAUACUCACACAGAUUGGCGUUUCGCCAAGAAUCCUCUUGUCUUGAAUACUCCCAAAAUGCGUUUUUAUGCAGGUGCGCCCCUUAGAACGCAGGAUGGUUUUAAUAUUGGAAGCUUGGCUGUUAUCGAUGAUCAGCCUCGCCAAGACUUCACUCCUCGUCAACGUCAUACAUUGAAGGAGUUUGCGGCUAUUGCAAUGCGUGAAAUGGAAUUAUGGCGUGACAAGAUCCAAUUACGAAUUCGAGACCGUAUCCAGAAUUCAAUGGAGCAGUUCAGCCGAGAAUGUCUUGAAAUCGAUGCAGAAAUCCGGAAAGAAGGGAAAGCCCCUGAUUUGUACGGUGGUGGGUCUAUGGACAAGGUAUAUGACCGCGCAGCAAAACUCGUAAAACGUACUUUGGACGUGGAAGGCGUGAUUGUCAUGGAUGUAUCGCACUGCGAGGUCCUCGAGACGAUGAAUGCCGAAGGUUCGGUGUCUGUGGUUAUGCACUAUGGCGACCCACAAUGCGAAACCACGACACAGUCAUUGACAGCGGAUGAAUACAGCAAACUGAACGUUUUCUUCAACAAGUACCCCGACGGCAAAAUCUCGGAAGGCAUCCUCCCAAUAUGCUUCCGCCCUUUCAUACCUACACACAUCGAGUAUGCGCUGAGUGAGAAAUUAAUUUCAUAUUCGCUUCUUUUGCUAGACACUGAUCGAGACCUCAUCUGUUAUAACAUCAUUUCAGCUGUUCCUAUUUUUAACAUCGACAAGCGACCGUUUGCCCUGUUAUGCGCAUAUAAUGCUUCGGACCCUACGAGGCGCUUCUUGGAAGGUCAUGAACUCUCCUAUCUGCGGGCAAUAGGUGUCAUUAUCUUGUCAGCGGUUUUGAAACGGCGGAUGAUGCUGGCUGAUCAGGCUAAGAGCUUGUUUAUAUCAAAUAUAUCGCACGAGCUGCGCACCCCUUUGCAUGGUAUCUUGGCCGCUGCCGAGCUAUUGGCUGAAACCCCACUUAACCACAGUCAAAUCUCGUUCCUCCACACUGUACAAGCUUGCGGAACAUCGCUAGUAGAAACGGUUAAUCACGUGUUAGACUUCACCAAGCUUAGUGGUAAUGUUAAGUCGGGUGGAGUUGAUAACGUCAUUGUCCGAAGCAGAGUCGAUAUGAUGCAGCUGGUUGAAGAGGCCAUUGACGGAUGCUGGAUAGGUCAUUGUGCUCGUACCUCCGCCCUACGGGAAUCCGAAAUUGGUAGUGUGUAUUCGCCACCAACCCCUGAUAUGCAAACACCUAUCUCUGCACAUGCGACCACACCUUUCCCAACUAAACAUGUGGAGAUUGUCAUCGACAUUGAUCAACGCCCUGGUGGUUGGACACUCAUAUGUGAGAAGGGAGGAAUACGGCGGGUAUUGAUGAAUCUUUUCGGAAAUAGUCUCAAAUUUACCUCGGACGGUUAUAUCCAUGUUUCACUACGACAAUCACAUGAAGAAGGCAGCGUUUCCGGUAAUAGCAUGAAAAUAGAGCUGGCCGUUACUGACACGGGCAAGGGAAUCAACCAGAAUUUCUUGAAGAAUCACCUAUUUCACCCAUUCUCGCAGGAAAACCCACUUCAGCCAGGCACAGGCCUUGGCCUGGCCAUCGUGAAUAGCAUUGUUCAAUCUCCUAGUAUUGGUGGUAAGGUCGAUGUCUCGAGUGAAGAAGGGGUAGGUACAGAGAUCAAAAUCACGUUUGAAGCCGAACAAGUGGGACCGGAUGCGAAGAACUAUCAGGAACCGUUUGUCUUUGAGGACCCCUUGAAUCCGCCAACCGUUUCCCUUGUUGGCUUUAGAAAGAAGAGGAAAGGCAUCCAGUUAGUUUCCAGCGUUAUAUGCACGUACCUUACAUCUUGGUGGGGUUUCAAGGUGCAGCCCGACGGAUCUGCAUUGGGGGACAUCGUCAUCAUAAACGAAGACCCUACGCUUGUGCAAAACUCUACGCAGAGGAUGGAACGUGACCAUAUGUUCAUCUUGCUUUCGUCGUCAAGGGGUAGCCCAAGAAUCAUGGGAAUAUGUGGUGCUUAUGAACGCAUAGGCGGAUUUUGCAGAAUAUUGUACAAGCCCGGAGGACCUUCAAGGUUACGAUCUGCCCUAAAGCACCUUCUCAGAGCGAAGCAGCGACGUCAAAAACGAUCUUCCAGUUUCAUUAGUGAUAAUGCCUCGGAUGAUAGUAUGUCGACGAUGUUUACGGAGGAGUCUCCGCGGCCAGACGGGUCAAGUCGACAGAACUCGGGGGAACACUCGGCAGCUACGUCCUUGGAUAGGGAUUUAACUAUAGUUGCUCCGAUACCCGGUUAUCCUGAAUUUGAUUCAUUCGACUCUGGUCCAAAUACUGUCGUGGAUCCAAGAAAUUCGACUGCACAGCGGAAUCUUAAGAAUUCUACGGUCACUGUUGGGGCAGGAGGGACGCUGCUGAAGUCUUCUAUUGGGUCUCUGCAUUCAAUGGAGCGACGAUUUCGGAUGCUCAUUGUGGAAGACAAUAGCAUUCUUCGGAAUCUUCUUGCCAAGUGGUUAUCGAAGAAGGGAUAUGAUUAUCAAGAAGCCGUAGACGGACAGCAAGGGGUCAAUAUUUUCGAACAAAAUGGCCCGUUUGAUGUUGUUCUGUUGGACCUUUCUAUGCCUGUGCUUGAUGGUGUUGGUGCUACUGUGAAAAUACGCGAAAUCGAGACGGAUCGUUCGAUCGAGAAACCAGCUCGGAUAUUAGCGUUGACCGGAAUGUCUUCCUUAGAAGAUAAACGUAAAGCCUUUGAAGCUGGCAUGGAUGGAUACCUUGUCAAGCCUGUAGCGUUCAAAACGCUUGAUGAAAUGUUUCACAAACUCGGUCUGUCUUGA